GGCACGAGCGGGCCCUUGCACGAGCCCCUUGCACACUCAGCCACGAGCCCCUUGCACGCUCAUUCAUCUGCACGAGCCCCUUGCACACUCGUCCACGAGCCCUUUGCACACUCAGCCCCUUGCACGAGCCCCUUGCACACUCAUUCAUUUGCACUGGGCCCCAUUGCACACUCAGCCCCUUUGCACAAGGUUUUGCACGAGCCCCUUGCACACUCAGCCCCUUGCACGAGCCCCUUGCACAAGUGCUUGCACGAGCCCCUUGCACACUCAUUCAUCUGCACGAGCCCCUUGCACACUCAUUCAUUUGCAUGAGCCCCUUGCACACUCAGCCCCUUGCACACUUGUCCACGAGCCCUUUGCACACUCAGCUCUUUGCACGAGCUUUUGCACACUCGUGCUCCCCCCCUUCCCCACCCCCCCCAUCACGCCUUCGUCCCUUUUUGGGGGGGGGGGUGUCCCCGAACGCCUGGGUCCCCUAGGGGACACCCCCCCCGCCCCCAUUGGGAGGCUCAAGGGGCGACGCUCCGGCCUCUCUUCCCGCCCCUCUCUAUGGUUUAACCCCCCGCCAAGAGCCCCGGAGGACUCUGUCUGUGGUUUGGAGGACCGAGGGGCCAGAGCGGCCGCGACUCCAUGGUCGCUCCGCCCACCCCCCUCCCGCGCACGCGCAGAGCGGCCCCCUCACUUCCGCCUCGGCCCCCGGACCGGAAAGCGCCACCAUGCGGGACCGAACGGCGGAGAUGCGGCAGGGCUGUGAGGAUGAGGAUGACGAUGACGAGCGGGUGACGCUGAUGGGGGUGGGGACCCCCCCCCGCCCCCCCCGGGCCCGACGCCCUCCUGCAGCAUAUGCAAAUGCAGGCGCGGGGGUGCGGGAGGCGCUGGGGACGCUGGAGCUGAAACUGGAGCAACUGGAGCAGCGACAGGAGGCGGCGCUGGGGACCCCCCUGCCCCCCCCGGAGCUCAAGCGGGACCUGGAGCUGCUGAGGGACGAGAUCCAGGAGCUCACGGGGCAGAUUCGCUCCCGCCUGCGAGCGCUGGAGCCGGGGCAGGAGGACGAGGAGGAUGAGAACAGAAACACCAUCCGGGCCAGAGUGAAACGCACCCAGCAGCACGCGGCGCUGAGUCAGCAGUUCCUGCGCCUCACGGGUCGAUGUCACGAGGCCCAAAGCCGGUACCGGCAACGGAACCUGGAGAGGGUGAGGAGGCAGCUGCUCAUUGCCGGCAGCCCCCCAGUGAGCGAAGAGGAGCUGGAGCAGAUGGUGGAGUCGGGACAGAGCGAGAUCUUCAUCUCCAACGUCCUCAGCUCCACGCGGAUCACCCGGGCGGCGCUGGAUGAGCUGGGGCUGCGGCACCGGGAGCUGCAGGGACUGGAAAAGGGGCUGAGGGAACUGGGGGAGCUGUUCAGCAUCCUGGGGAGCACCCUGGAGAGCCAGGGGGAGGUGAUCGACCGGAUCGAGCGCAACAUCCAGGACUCGGGGACGCAGCUGCACAAGGGGCGGCAGCACCUGGUGGUGGCACAGCGGAGCCAGCAGGGGGCGCGCAAGAAGAAGCUGCUCAUGGCCGCCUGUUGUCACCGUCACCGUCGUCAUCAUCGUCGCCAUCGUCGCCGUCACCGUGGCAACGGGGUGACCCAACCUGGCACUGGGAUGAACUGGGGAUGACUGGGGGUUACUGGUCUGAACUGGGUUCCUGUCUCAAAUGACGUCACUUCCUCUCUAGGGGCACAUCCCCUCCCCCCCACCCGAACGCCUGGGUCCCUCCCGAACUCCUGGGUCCCCGGAACACCCUGUGCCUUCCAAAGGGGGCGGGUCCCCCCUUCAAUAAAGCACUUUUCACCCCAAA